CACAUUAAUCAUUCAUUUUUAUGAAAAUGACAAAAACCCUUUUCAUUCUGCAAACCCUUUAUACUUUCAGAGAAAGAAACCUUUUCAUGAGUUCUUACCAAAGGGAAAGAAAGGCAAUUCAACAUUAAAGAAUCGCCUCUGUAUAACUGAAGCACUUCUUAGUUUCGUGUCUUCUCCAGAUGGGUGGUCGUUGUUCAUGUUUUUCCUUCUCUUUAUGUGGAUGUUGUCGUUUCAAAUCCAAGCUUCCUCGUUCCUCCGAUCCGGAGAACCGCGGUGGUGAAGACGACAAGCUAAAGUGGCCAUGUUUCAGGGAGUACAAACUAGACGAGCUUAGAGCUGCAACCGGUGGCUUUUCCAUCGAAAAUGUCGUGUCGGAGCACGGCGAGAAGGCGCCCAACGUCGUCUAUAAAGGAAAGCUACCCGACGGUGACUCUCUGAUCGCCGUUAAACGAUUCAACAAAUCAGCUUGGCCUGAUACUCGUCAAUUCCUCGAUGAAGCAAAAACAGUAGGCCAACUUCGAAGCCAAAGAUUGGCAAAUUUGUUGGGAUGCUGCUACGAAGGAGACGAGAGAUUACUGGUUGCAGAGUUCAUGCCUAACGAGACUUUAUCGAAGCAUUUGUUUCAUUGGGAAAGCCAACCACUGAAAUGGGCUAUGCGAUUACGUGUGGCUUUGUAUUUGGCACAAGCAUUAGAGUAUUGCAGCAUCAAAGGCCGAUCCCUGUACCAUGAUCUUAAUGCUUAUAGAGUAGUGUUUGAUAAGGAUUGCAAUCCGAGGCUCUCAUGCUUCGGGCUAAUGAAAAAUAGCCGAGAUGGGAAGAGCUACAGUACUAAUUUAGCUUUCACACCUCCGGAAUAUAUGAAAACAGGUAGAAUAAACGCAGAGAGUGUGAUUUACAGUUUUGGCACCAUACUUCUUGAUCUUCUUAGUGGAAAGCACAUUCCUCCGAGUCAUGCGCUUGAUUUAAUACGUGAGAAGAACUUUCAAAUGUUAAUGGAUUCAUGCUUAGAGGGUCAUUUUUCCAUUGAAGAUGGAACCGAAUUAAAACAAACAGAGGUGUCAUCCGUUGUGUUGAUGGAAAUUACAAAUCCGCCCCCGGUGGAAACUGCAAAAGAAAUUGACUCGUUAUCACCAUUUGGAGAAGCUUGCUCCAGAAUGGAUCUAACUGCUAUACAUGAGAUGUUGGAAAAAAGUGGAUACAAGGAUGAUGAGGGGGCUACAAAUGAGCUUUCGUUUCAAAUGUGGACAAGUGAAUUACAAGAGGCUUUGAAUGGUAGGAAGCAUGCGGACACUGCUUUCAGAACCAAGGACUUCAAUACCGCGAUCGAGUCAUACACAACUUUUAUUGAGAAUGGAAGCAUGGUUUCACCAACUGUGUAUGCGAGGCGAUGUUUGUGCUACUUGAUGAACAACAAAGCACAAGAAGCUUUAGGAGAUGCGAUGCAAGCACAGGUGGCAUCACCUGAUUGGUCAACCGCACUCUAUCUCCAAGCUGCUGCUCUUUUUAGCUUAGGAAUGGAGAAUGAUGCUUGUGAAAUGCUUAAAGAUGGCUCAAUUUUGGAGGCCAAAACUAAAGGCAAAUGAAACAUUUUGGUUUUGUAAAUAUUUUCUUAAUUCAAUAUCUUUUGGAACUGGUUUGUGAACAAAUGUUAUUUUAUAUGUAACGAGAGAAUGUGUGUUUAUCAGUUA